AUGUCGUCGUCAAGUUUGUCUAUACUCGCACAUCUUCGCCCGCGCAUACAGGUGCGAACCCGACCGAGCGCAAUUCGCAAUUUCACAAUCUCUCAGCAUCUCCACUCAGAUGCUUCCUCGGUAGCCGAGGCCUUCCUGUCACGCUUCCAAUCGCUGGGGCCACAAACCCGUAUCCAAACGAUAGAUGCAAAUCAGCUUCAGCUUCUCACCCUCACCCUCAAUCGCCCAACUCUCUUCCCUGGCGCCCCCUCUCUGUCCAAUGGCGCAUCCGCCCCGCAGUCCACAGUACCCGUGCCGCCGGGCUACCACCUCGCAUAUUUCACACCUGCGUUCCUAGAAAGUGAACUUGGGGCGGAUGGAACGGAUGCAUCAUACAAUCCCGACGUGCCCUUUACACGGCGCAUGUGGGCAGGCGGCGAGGUGCUGUGGCCCCGUACGGAUGGGAAACCCAAUCCGCUACGGGUAGGACAGGAGGUGCAUGAGACAACGCGGGUACUUAGUGCCGAGCCCAAAGUUGUAAAAAAGACCGGGGAGGACAUGAUUGUUGUUGGAAUCGAGAAGGAAUUCGCCAACGAGCACGGCGUGUCAAUUAUUGACCGACGCAAUUGGGUAUUCCGUAAAGCUCUACCUGUUCCAUCUGCAUCGACGCCAUCCAGCGCCCCUCCCUCGUCCUCAACAUCCCAUAUCGCGACCCCAAACCCUACCUCGUCCGUUAUCACCACUGAGGGCAACACCCGUACACGAACUCUGGUGCAAACGCCUGUGACGCUCUUCCGCUUCUCUGCUCUGACUUUCAACCCUCAUAAGAUUCACUACUCACUGCCCUGGGCGCGGGAUGUAGAAGGUCACAAGGAUAUUGUAGUACAUGGUCCGUUGAAUUUGAUCAAUAUUCUAGAUCUCUGGCGCGACACUCGUCAACAUGUCACCGAUUAUAACUUGCUUUUCCCCCAGCGCAUCUCUUAUCGGGCAACGAGCCCAUUAUAUGCCGGGGAUGAGUAUCGGAUUGUGCUUGAGGAGGGCGAGAAAACAAAAGUGCAGAUUAUUGGGCCCGGAGAAGUAGUUGCCAUGAAGGCUGAGAUCCAAUAA